AUGCUCCACCCUUGUAUCAGCCAUUACACUGUGCGUCACACCGGAUGUCUGUCUCUCCUCUCCAGUUUCUUCAGAGAGAAGGAGGAGGUUAUCAACUCAGAUCACCAAUGUAGCAUCAGACUCCACCAGGAAGACGGGGGCCCCUCCUACUACAUCACUGUCGCCGUGGGAAACCGCAUCGAUCACAGAAACUCAAGCAUUUACCUGGGCAGCUCAGCCUUUUCUCACCUGUCCCGGGACGAACAGGAGGCCCUUCCCCCUGAGAGGAGUCACUGA